GUGACGUCAGGUGCCUCGCUAGUCUCGUUUAGUUUACUGCGAAGUAGAUGGAAAAAAAAUCAAGCAACAAGAAGGAAGUGCAAUGGCGACAUUGAUUCGCCAACUACCAAAUCCGGAUACGUUCCUGUGUAAACCUUGGUCAACUUUUAUCAGCGCAGCAAAAUUACACUAUUCUGACAACUCACUCGUCGAAAACCGCUUGAAAGAGCUGUACCACAACUGGGAAGGAACUAAAUUCAGCAAAGAAGAGAUGCACGUGUUUGGCCAGUUUCCCAACCAGGAGGAUUUCUGUCUCGUCGUCUGCCAUGUUUGCAACCAAGUGGUCAAACCCCAGGGCAUCCUCACCCACUACGGUGUCUGGGGAGUAGAGUCCCAGUGAGGCAGAGAGAGUAAAGGACCUCCCCACCUUCCUCACUCCCCCCCAGCCCCCCACCUCCCUCAAAGACAUGCAUAGCCAGAACCAGCGUCGGCACGGCUCCCCGUGUCCCUCCAGGGGUCCAGUGGUCUCUCUGAAGCCCAAUGUGGCAGUGUCCCCCACCCCGGGUCCUACUCCCCCUCUGCCCUUCAGGGUCCCCAGAGACUACCCCCACUCCCGCUUCAACAAGGCCCCGCUCGCUGUCUACCCUCCCAAGGGUGUCCGCAGCAAGACAUGUGUGUCGUUGCCAGUAGUGAGUCUGGAGAAGAUGCCAUGUCUGGGCCGGGCAGAGAGGGGAACACACGUCAGAGUCAACUGCUUUUCUUCCUCCUGCUCCUCUCCCUCCUCCCUCAAACCCUCCCUGAUCCCCCCAGCUCCCCUCAGGGGGUCUCGGGAAAAGCUGGUGAACGGCCGCGGGCCAACCACCCCUUGCUCCACCACAACACCCCCCAGCCCGGCUCGCUCUCCCCUGGACAAACGACCCUCCUCUACCCCCUCACCCUCCCCCUGAAUCACCGCAGACCCUCUCCCUCCCCCCUGGACAGGAAACAGCAGAAUGGAACCAAGACCCCCAGGCCUCAUAGGAGACUGUCAGGGAGGGUGUUUGACCCGAACAAGCACUGUGGAGUCCAAGACCCAGAGAGCAAACGGUCCUGCACGCGAUCACUCACCUGCAAGACUCACUCCCUGAUCCACCGACGGGCCGUCCCAGGCAGGCAGAAAGAGUUUGAUAUCCUCCUGGCGGAACACAAGGGCAGAGCGAAGGAGAAAGAUAAGGAGGGGGCGAAGGAGAAAGAUAAGGCGGGAGGGCAGAGGAGGGAGUCACAGGGAGGCAGUCAGAGCACCCGUGCCAAUGAUACUACCCCCUCCACCCUGCCCCCCCACUGCCACAAUGGCAGAACUGUCUCCACUCUCAAACUGCGGCUGGCUAAUGCACACAGACCCAGGGUACCCGGUAGUGGGGGUGCUGCUGUCCUAUCCUCCACCCCCGUUCCCCCAGGCUCAACACAGGACCCCCCAGUCCCCGUCUGGCAGAGGGCAGGAGGGGACAGGGACGGUCGUCUGUCCAGUGAUGAGGGCGACCCAGGAACACCAGAUGGCCCUGACAGAGACGAUGACCGACCAUCCUGCCACUACUCCCCUCACCACCCUCGACCACUGGGGUGCUGUGCGUUCAGCAGCAGGCUGAUGGGGCGUGGUCACUAUGUGUUUGAUCGGCGGUGGGACAGGAUGAGGCUGGCGUUACACUGCAUGGUGGAGAAACAUGUCAACGCUCAGAUGUGGAGAAAGGUGCCCCUUGCUGCUGAGAGCCCUCUCUCCCUCGGGAGCCCUUCUAUCAUCACUCCCUCCCCCAGCCCUCUCAGCCCUCCUCCCCCCCUCUCCUUCCCUCCCUCCACCAACGGAGCCUUCUCCCUUGGGCCCUACACCACAGCCUUUCCCCAGGAUGCAUCAGCAGCAGGGUUGUUUGGCAUCAGGGACCCCUCCCAGCCCGUGGCCCCUGUCUCCGCCCUAGGGAAACCCCGUAAUGGCACUACCACCAAACCCAUCAGGCCCCCAGGGGCCAAUGGUGGCGCGGCCAAGAAGAGGAGGACCACCCGUCCACCUAGUUCUGACACUCUCAGGGGGAACAACAGCAGCUACCACACUCUGACUCCCACCCCCAUGCUCAGCUCUGGCGUGCCCCCCAUUAGUGGUAGGAGAAAGACCUUAGGACACAGUGCCAGGGAGGUUGGGGUCAGGGCUGAGGACUGGUACUCCAACCCUGACCAAACCACCACCACACCCUACCCCCUCACUAAGGACCACCCCAGCCCUUCACCCCUUACUCCCAGCUCCCUUCCUCCUCCCAGCCCCCUGGCCUACGGAGGAGGGGUGGAGGGGAGAAAGAGGAGGAGCCCCAGUGCAUAUGGAGGAGGAGGAAAGCCCAGUAAGGUGACCAAAGCAGCAGCAGGGCUGGAUGGCAUCUUCAGGAGGAACAGCACUGGACUUCUGGCCUCAGGCCCCGAGUCACCUCGACAGUCCAAGUUGCAUCAUUGACAAUAACAGGAGACAUGUACAGAAUGUUGGGCAGCUGGACUAGUAUCUGUGACCUUUGACCGAAUGUCAGUACCACAGGGCCCUGCCCUGUUAACAGUGGUGUCACUCAGCUCUGCACCUGUACCCAUGAGGGAUUCUGGGACUUGGAGUCAUUGGUGUGUCAGAAUGAUUUGGCUCCUCCUCUCACACUGCCCAUCCCAUAUUAGGAUGUGCGGUCCCUCCCCACAAUCCCGCCCACUCAUUGAUCAUCCAAUGGGCGGUUCUGCAGAGGUAGUCUCCAUGGUUCCAGGGUGAAGCACUCAAAUCAAGACACUCAUCAUCACAAACUGCCCUCUGAAAAGGGAACCUGCUUUAGGUUGGCAUCUUUAUCACAGCUCUACAUGCAUUUAGACAUUUUGUUGUUGUAGCUUCCCGUUCCUGUGUGGUCAGGUGACCAGGAAGGAAUUCCCAUGUCCAAAAACUUCCUCAGCCAGACCUCCACUCCUCACCACACACACCCUUCUCUCCAGCAUGCCAGAGUUCAAAGUGCACUUACUCUCCUCCUCCUGGACUCCAGAGGCUACACAACAACCUGUCUGUCACACAAGGGAAGACUUAAUACCGACACUUUUUCAUGAAAUGUCUUUCAAAAAAGGAAGAAUUCAGGUUAUCGAGGAUUGUUUUUAUUCUUCGUCUCAAAUGUUGCAACACAGAGAGGACCUACACCCUAAAUGGAAAAAUGAUGGUGUUGGAUUUUUUUAAAUGUAUAAUAAUUUAUAAUUUCUUAAUUUUCUUACUGACCAGAGUAGAGCUACAGACAUUGAGCAAAAUUAUAUUUGUAUGUCAAUUUUUAAACAGUAUUAUUAUUAUCAUAGUUAUUGUUGAAAUGUGUACGUACGUAUAUUUUAUUAUUUUUUAUAUUUAUUAUAAGCCUCCUAUUACUAAAAGAACUCUAGCUAAAGUGUUUUAACCGCUUGGUGACUUGUAUUUUUAAGGGUCCUUUUUGCAGGCGGUUCUCCCUUUUCACACUUCUUCCAAUGUUUCUACCUUUCAACAUGGCUUCUCUUCCACUGGUCUCUGACAGACGUGCUUGAUUUGAAAUGUACAUUACAGAAAUGUACAUAUGGCACUAGCCAACUCCUUUUAAUACCUCUGGUUCCACUGCAGUGACAUGGGCUGCAUCUCAAUAGUCUAAUCUUCUCCUCCUCUCCUCCUUUGUCUUUCCGGAUCUGAAAACGAAGGUGGCGUUUUAGAGCAAUGUGGUGGUUGCCAGACAGGAAUUUGACUUCCGUCUCGAGAGUUCUUGUGACAGGAAGUUACUUUAGGUUAUUUAGAUGCGUUUUUCAGAACAGCGGUAGCGCCCCUACUGGUUCCAUACAUGGGGAUGUUCAGUGGUUGCCUGAAGGAAGAACAAGGCUUUCUCAGAUACUCUCUUUUGCACUUUUUCCUCAUAUGCCCAGAUCGUUAAUCUACUUCUAUUUCUAUAGAUAUUUGCUGCCCACCAAGUAUGAACUCUGGGGUGGGAAGAAACGCACAAUAAAAACAACUUUUUAUUUGAUUUGAUUUGUAAUGAAUUUGGAAAAUGUUCUUUCAUUUUCUUUCGCUUUGAAAAUGUUGACGGUUUUGUAGAUCGGAAGGAUAAACACAUCUAAUGUAUUCCCUUUUUAGAUGGAAUUGUAAGGCUGCAAAAUGCGACGACUGUGCAAGGGGCGUGUCGACUUUCACUAGGCACUGUAUAUAUUUGUAAAGGUGUUUUGUCAACAACAGUAAAUUUGAAGACUAGGCCUGUAUUCCUUGUGACUUCAAUCCCCUUUAUAAACCAGUGUACUUUAGGCUACAGUGUAGGGCAGGGGUACUCAACUCUUACCCCAUGAGGUCUGGAGCCUGCUGGUUUUCUGUUCUACCUGAUCAUUAAUUGCACACACCUGGUGUCCCAGGUCUAAAUCAGUCCCCAAUUUAGAUGGGAACAAUGAAAAAAUGCAUUGGAACUGACUUUGAGGUCCAGAGUUUGAAAUUUAUAGGCUAUCUGAAUCUCAGACAAGGUUAUUAUUAUUUUUUUUUAAACAAUUUUACUGAAUGUGUCUCCAUGGCUAAGGGAAAUCACAAACACUGUAGGUCUGCAUGGUCCAGGGGGAGGGGCUGGGAAAAGUAGGUACAGUGGGGGAAUGUUUCUAUGCCUGCCGUUUUGUCUUCAGACCCUGCCUCUGCAGCAGUGCACUCUCUUCCAAGUCCUUAGGCCCUCGCCUGCAGCACUCUAUAUUUCUAGAAGUUCUCAUAGGUGAAAGUAUUGGCUCUUUUCACCAUCUCGGAUGACCUCCGACACACUCAAAUGACUCAUGCUCGCUUUCUGCUAGUGGUCAAUGUCGAUGGCAUGUAACUUGUCCCAAAAUAGUAAUAGACCUACAGAAUACAUAUCAGUUUAUAACUCAUCAAUUACAAGUUACUGUUCGAUCACUGAAAAUGUGUGCACUACUGAUUGGUCAGGUCUGGAGCCACCAAUGCCCCUCUCCAGUCAUUUAGGUAAGCAAACGGCACGUGACUGACUAGGUAUUAUUCCUGAAUGUUAACUUUGCUUCUCCUCUCCUCGCUAUUUUUUACUGAGUGUGGAACAGCAGAUAAGCAGUCUAAUUGAACUCGUGUCCUCGCUCCUUGUCUUCUCAAAACCUGUUGGAUGAGAAAGCCAGAGGUCCCGCCCAUUCUGACCUUCUCCUCCAAUGGGUUUCGAUAAUGACGGCAAGAGAGAGGACAUGAGGAGUAUGCAAUUGAGGUCUUCCCUACGUGUUGGUCUGAAAUGGCACGCUGUUCCCUGUAGUGCACUACUUUUGACCAAUGCCCUAAUAUGUGUGCCCUGAUCAAACCAAAGGCACUGUAUCGGGGAAAUACAGAGCCUAAGUAGUGCACUAUAGAGAAUGACGUAGACUUGAGUAGACUAGUGGUUCAGUGCAGUCUCCUCACUAACCCAGGACAUGGAUGUCUCUCUGUAAGUAAGGCCUUAUUUUUGUAUUCACUGUAAAUAAAGCAGAAACAGGUUCUUGUUGAGCUCUUACUAUGAAAUAGUCACUGGUUCACCUUAUCAGUCUGUGGUGGCGUCCAUCAUGUGCAUUCUACUCCUGGGUGACUCUUUUAUCCUGUUGUCCCCAUGGUGUUAUCAACACAUUUAGAUGUGUAUUUUCAGGUUUGACAAUGUUUUGGAUUAAAAAAAAAUAUAUAUAUAUAUAAAAUAUUUUUUCUACCUGC